AUGGCCCUCCGCCGCCACGCCGUCGGUCGACUAUCUUCCUCCACCUCCCGUCACAACUGGUGGCGCUGCAUGUCCACUGCCAGCGACAUGAAAGCGCCCCUUCUCUGGGACUAUACAAACUACAACAUUACCACAGACGACCCACAGCAAAAUAAAGAAUCGGCAGUCACAACCCAACUACUAUCCUGGGGUCGUGGGGCAUCUGGCCAACUUGGCGGCGGAAUCGAGGAAAUCCGAUUGUACCCGUCACCCGUUGCAACCCUUGUUCUCCCUCCCACUUUCAAACUUUCUUCCUCGACCGCAGGUCGCCUCUCUUCCCAGUGUUCAAAUGUUCUCGGGUCUGGGGGCCAGGUGGAAAUAGGGAUUUCUUGUGGGCUUUUCCAUUCGGGUUUGGUGGUGGAUGGAAAGCUGUGGAUAUGGGGCAAGGGCGAUGGCGGCCGCCUCGGGUUUGGAAAUGAGGACUCUGUCUUUGUUCCUAAAAUGAAUCCUAAUUUCGACUCGGCUGUCAAAAGCAUAGCUCUUGGUGGUCUCCAUUCUGUUGCUCUCGAUUCCCUCGGCCGCGUCUUUACUUGGGGUUAUGGGGGGUUUGGUGCUCUUGGACAUUCUGUGUACCACAGGGAGCUGUUACCUAGAUUGGUUGAAGGAUCUUGGGAUGGAGAAAUCUGCCAUAUUGCCACCAGUGGGACACAUACAGCUGCUAUCACUAAAUCUGGAAAACUUUACAUAUGGGGCCGAGAUGAAGGUGAUGGUAGGUUGGGCCUUGGUCCUGGUCGCGGUCCAGACCAAGCAGGUGGUCUCAGCAUUCCCUUUGAAGUUAAAGCACUGCCCGUGCCAGUGGUUGCUGUUUCAUGUGGUGGCUUUUUCACAAUGACAUUGACUGAAGAGGGGCAACUUUGGAACUGGGGUGCAAACUCCAACUAUGAGCUUGGUAGAGGCGAUAAAGUUGGUGGCUGGAAACCACAGCCUGUUCCCAGCCUGAAAGAUGUGCGUUUAAUUCAGAUAGCAAGUGGUGGAUAUCAUUCUCUUGCUUUGACUGACAAAGGGGAAGUGCUUUCAUGGGGUCAUGGUGGACAUGGCCAGUUGGGUCAUUCUUCCCUUCAUAAUCAGAAAGCUCCUGAACGAAUUGAGGCCUUAGCUAAUGAGAGGGUUACUUAUAUUGCUUGUGGAGGUUCUUCAUCAGCAGCUAUAACUGACAAAGGUAAGUUGUACAUGUGGGGAAAUGCCAAAGAUUGCCAGCUCGGUAUUCCUGGACUGCCGGAGGUACAAUCAUCUCCUAUUGAAGUAAAGUUUCUUGUAGAUGACGACGACAACGAUGAACUAGGAAAUCACAAUGUACUUUCUGUAGCUGUUGGUGCUUCUCAUGCCAUGUGCCUUGUAUCAAGAUAA